AUAAAAAUAAACAAAACCCAUUUAAUCAAAAAUUAAAAUUUGAGCUCCAAAUCUUGGACCUAUUUUCUUUUCUUUUUUUUUUUUUCCUUUCUCUCUCUCUCUCUGUUUUGAAUCCUCUGUUUUAAGCUGCCACGAAGUCAAUGCACCGACUCCUCUGUUUCUAUUUCGUUUGUGCUCUGUUACUUCACAUGGGGUUUGACAAUUCUCUGCAAAUAUUGUGUCUUUUCUCUUUGUUGCCUGGCUUGGCCCUUUUCUGCCUAUUUCUUCUGGGUUUGGUAAGUUCUUUCUAUUUUAAUCCUUUUUCUCUUCUGGGGUUGGUCUUGAUUUACGAGAAUCUUGCAAGAAGCUUAAAGGGAAGAUCAAAGGAAGGUAGCUGUAUGUUUAAAUGAGUUGUUAUUCAUAUGAACACUCUGUUAAAAUUGCUUGAUUAAGUCGUAAAGUUUGAAAAUUUCAACCUUCUCCCCACGUUGUUGUUUAUUUUGGCUCAUCUGAUGAACCCAUUUUGGUUUGUUUUCAUUUGAACACUGCCGUCCGAGCAUUACAAAGAUUAUUUGUUCUUAAAUUAAGACCAUGGAAAUAUUUUUAGGGAAAGAGGAUUAGUAGAAACUGACCUUGUUGAUGUAAUUUUUUCCAUUGAAGAAAAUGCCUCUAGACAGUGUAAAAUCAGUGGUUUAUAGAUCAUUUAUCGCUUGUGAUGAUCCAAAAGGGGUGGUUGAUUGCAAUAUGAUCAAGAUAUCCAAAGUGAAUUCUCAGAAGCUGGAACAAAAAAUUAGAGCCCAUAGGACAAGUAGAAAUUCAAAUAAGGGUUUGGUAUCUCAGGUAGAGAAGAAAGAGGAGCUGAUCUCGGAAGAGAUGAGAGGCAGAAAUUAUGGCCAAUCUUCUCUUCCACUCAUGGAGGUUUACCAAGGAGCUGAGAAAUUGAACCAUAUGGUUGGUUCAUGGUCUAAGGGGAUGAGAUCUGAGAUGAAAACUGAGGAGAUUGCUGAGGAUUUGUUGGAAGGAACUUCAAGUUUGAGAGAAUCACUGAUUAUGCUGGCUAAGUUGCAAGGAGCAUCAAACGAGUCGAUUCGGUUGAAGAUGACGUAUCCAAAAAGUUUUUCUUGUCAUCUUGAAGAUGAAUGUUAUCCAGUUGAGGUUCAAAGAUCAAAGCUUUCUAGACAUGGUUCUUCCAGAAAUGGUGCUGAUGAGGUUAAGAAGGUGAUCAGAGACAGCCUAGUGAAGCGAGAAUCGAUGUCUAACGUUACUAUUGGUGAACACAAAUCCUGUUUUCGUGAUAUAAAUUCUGACUUGGGGUCAGAAAUUCCAUCAACUAGCUCCAGCCAAUCUUCAAUGAUUGAUGAUAAUGUCAACUGUUUUCACGUUUCAACAUCUCAACAGAAGAAUUUGAAACGUAAUAACCUGAUUGCUAAGCUUAUGGGGCUUGAAGAAAUUCCAUCAAAAUCAUUGCAAACUACUCCAAAGAAAGAGUUUGAAUUUAAAAAAGUGUCUGGCUACAAAACAUCUCUGUUUGGCAUCGAUGCAACACAGAGUGCGGCAAAGUCUAAAUCUGUCAUCAACAAGGAGGAUCAUAAAAAAGGAACCUUGAGAGAAAAACUUGAAAAAAUUCCUGUCAACAGGCUUAGAGAGAGUGAUUCUGAUAUAGAGUUUAAGAUUCAUUGCCCUUAUUCCUACAAUAAUGAUUCCAAACAAAGGUUGAAAGACGUACCACCAACUGUGUUGAUAAAACACAAGCCUCUUCCACCUGAUGAAUUGGAGGAACACCGAGCACAUGUUUCCUCAAAAGAUGAUGCUUUCAACCAAAAAGCUAUUCUAAGAAGUACGAAAAAGAUUCGGUCGUUCUAUGAGUUUGAUUUCCAUGGAGGAAUUUUGAGUUCAGAUAAAUUGCACAGAAAGCAGAAUGCAGAAGGGAUUCCACUCAAGCAGAUCGCUCAGGAAGAAAGAAAGCCAAAACCAAAACCAAAAGAAGUAAGGAAAUUAAGAAAAGAUACAGUUGAUACUGAGAAAUUAAGAAAAGAUACUGUUGAUACUAAGAAAAAGGCUGCAGAGAAGUUGAAAACAUCUAGUUCAAUGCCUGAUAUGCCCCAUGAGACAGAACCAAUUGAUAGGAAAGUUCUUACAUCAAAAAAACUGACUAAAGCAACUAGAAAACCAGUGGAAAAAGAAUUUGCAAAAGAAAAAGUUGUGUCAAGACCACAGCAUCAAGAAAAAGUAACAUCCACUAAUCCAAGGAAGAACAAAACUCAUAAACAACGUAGCUCCCUUCCAGAUUCUGUGCCAAGACAAUCAGUGAGCGCGAUAUCUAAUGAUCGUGACCGUCAAAAAAAGGAGGAACCAGUGCUUCCCCAAUCAGAAGUUAAUUCAUUUACUCAUAUGGUUGAAGCCAAGAAAGAUGAUGAGAGUACUGAUACAAAUGAAAGUGUUGAUCUUCCAAUAAAUCGAAAAACUACUACCCUUAUGGCUUUAAUUGCAAUGGAGAACGAAUUUGACGAAUGUGAUACAAAGAUUAUAGAAUGCUGCAAUGAGAACCCAAACUCUCUGCCGCCAUUGAGCCCCAAACUCGAGAUCAAUACGAGUGUUGUCAAAGAUAUUGAUCCCAACAGUCGUAUGGAAACAGAUAUCGAAAGCUGCGGUCAAGGAACCAAUCUGAAAGCAUUACUUUUGAGAAGCUCCUCAUUCCUCUGUCAUGCAGGGGAAGUUUUUGACCUCAAUCUAAAUGAUAGAACAAUGCUGCAGACAGCAUCUGGCUGCAAUAAUCUCGAAUCCCUGAAUACGAAACCUUUUAUAGAUUGUGCAAUCGAAUUAGUCAAGCGCAAAGGCCAUUACGACCUACAAGUAGCCAAUUCUUUAUUACUAGGAGGUAGGCGCAAUACAAAGAUAGAGAUUUCUGUAGAAAAACUCGUUGAGGAAGUGAACAACGACAUCGACACUCUAACGAGUUACCAAACAAUUUGUGGCAAUAAUCUUCUUGUAGAUACUCUAUAUGCAGUGUUGAGUAGAGAUCUACGGUGCAAAGAGGUGAUGAACGGAAUGUGGGAUUUUGGUUGGAAGAAAGGAUUUUCAAGAAGUGAAAGUGAGGAAGUUGUAAAUGACAUAGAGAAGCUGAUUUUGAGUGGACUGAUUGAGGAGUCCUUCACAUAACAUCAGAAAACUGUAUCUUCCUUAUUUUAUGUACAAAAUAAUUUUGAAAAAUGGUCAGAAGUAGCACGUUUUCACGACUUUUUGUAAAAUCGUUAGAAUAGUUUUUUCUCAAUUCAUCCCAUCUCA